AUGAAGAAUAUAUUAAUAUAAAAAUUUAAACUAAAUAUAAAAUUUUAUUUUAAAAUCUAAUUAUAUAAAAAAAAAUUAAUUUUUUUUUAAAUUAUUUUAUAAUUUUUAAUAAAAAUAUAAUAUUUAAUUAAUAUAUCAUUAUAUAAAAUUAUGGCGACAUAAAAAUUAUUAAAUUACUAUCCAAAGGCAACCGUUCUUAAAUAAAUACCAUUUUCUCCAUUUAAUAAAAAUUAAAAGAUAUAUAUAAAAGACUAAGAUAAUUUAUAUAAAACAUUAAUAUAAAUAUAUAAGACUCAUCCUUAAUAAAGAUUAGAUGUAGUAUCUGAUUUUGAUCAUACUAUAACUGAUUUUUAUUAUAAUAAUUAGCCAGUAAGCCCAUCAUUUGGAAUAUUAAAUAGAUCAUAACACGUAACUAUAGAAAUGGAAAAUUAAGCAAAAGAAAUAUUCGAAAUAUAUUCUAAGUAUGAAAAUACUAAAUAAUAUACAUUCGAAUUUAAAUAUUAAAAAAUGGAAGAAUGGGUAAAACUAACAGCUGAGCUUUUUGUAAAAUUUUAGAUAAACAGUGUUAUUUUAUAGAAUAUAUUAAAUGAUAAUACAUUAUGUUUUAGAUAUGGAUUUAAUGAUUUUUUGAAAUAUUGUGUUUAAUAAAAUAUAAACUUUAUUGUUAUUUCUGGAGGAAUUUAAGAUGUAAUUUAUUAUAUGAUGAAUCAAAUAACUGAGUUGAAUUAGUUUUAAAAUUUAAUGAUAAUUUCUAAUAAAAUGCUAUUUGAUAAUGAUGGUAAUAUUGUCGGCUUUUCUGAUAAAAGAGUCCAUUCUCAUAAUAAAUAUAAUCUUUUAAAACAUUAAGAUUACCCUUAACUUAAAAAAAAUUGUAUUUUAUUAGGAGAUCUUCUCCAUGAUAUAUAUAUGACUAAAAAUAGCUCGUAUGAAAAUUAAAUUAGAUUCGGAUUUGCAAAAAAGGACGAUGAAGUUUAAAAUUUCCUUAAAAAAUAUGAUAUUGUUUUGUUAAAUUAAGGAAGUUAUAUUCCUGUUGAAUGUAUUCUGAGAAGUCUUAUUUCUAAUGACAAUUUACCUUUAGAUAUUUUAGCAAAAUUAUAGAUAAUUUCUCCUGAAUUGGUUGAAGUUUUAUUUGAAUUUUAAUCUUAAAAAUAAAAAUUAUAAAAUUGAUAUAUAUAUUGUUUGCUUAAUACCUCUUUUUUUUUUCAAAUUAAAACUUUUUUAUUUUUU